UCCUUGUUUGUCUGACUGACUCUCUCUGCCUGUUUCUCCUCAGACUGACGAUGGCCGAAGCCCAGUUGUUUGUAUCACAGGACGAGUUCACCUGCUCGGUGUGUCUGGAGACCCUGACUGACCCCAUGUAACUGCAUUGUGGUCACAGUUUCUGUCUGAAGUGCCUCACUGACUGCUGGGAUCAGAGCCAAGUGUUCAGCUGUCCUCAAUGCAGAGAAAUCUUCACGAGGCCGCAACUGAGAAGAAACACUGUGCUGAAUGAAAUCGCAGAGAAUCUAAAGAAGACAGGACUCAGUUCGUCUAACAAAUAUGCUGGCCCUGGAGAUGUGGAGUGUGACGCCUGUACUGGGAAGAAGUCCAGAGCAGUGAAGUCCUGUCUAACCUGCUUGGCCUCCUUCUGUCAGCCUCACCUGCAGCCCCACUAUGAGAUAGCAGCCUGGAAGGACCACAAGCUGGUUGAUCCUGAUGGAAAUCUGAGGAGGAAACUCUGUGCAAAACAUCAGAAAAGUCUGGAAAUAUUUUGCAAAACUGAUGAUUUGUGUAUCUGCAUGAUGUGUGUGGUGACUGGACAUAAAGGUCAUGAAAUAGUGGAGCUGGAGACAGAAAGAGAAGAAAAAGAGGAAAAUUUGAAGCACUUCACUGAUCUGAUCCAGUGCAUGAAAGAAGCGCAUGAGACACCGGUUGAGAGGAUCAGAGAACAAGAGAAGGAAGAAAUAGAGAAGGCCGAAGGAGUCAUGGAACAACUAGAGAAGGAGAUUAAGGAGCUGAAAAAGAGAGAUGCUGAGCUGAAGGAGCUUUCAGACACCAAGAACAGCGUCCACUUCAUGCAGAUUUUCUCAUCUCGCUGUGUCCUUCCUGCUAAUGGAGACUCGCUCAGCUUCACUGUCAAUGCUGAUUUCUCUUCUGAGGAACUGAGAAAUGACCCGUCAUGUCAGGAAAAGAGUUUGGAGAAGAUCAGCCAGUGGGACAUCAAGACAUCGACUUCAUCAGAAAGGAAGAUCUUAGAGGAGAUUGACACUAGAAAUGAGCCACCUGUCUUUGAUCUUCAUACUAAAGAUCUCCAUGAGACACACAGACAAGCUGUGUCUGAAUCUACAAGAACUCUGGAAGCUCAGGCUUCUCCUGGAGAUCCACACACCACAGCUGUGGGCUUUGAGACUCGAUACACAGAGUUGGUGGCUGUUGAACAGGACCCAAGAAACCAUAAGGAGACUGAACAUGAACUUAUGAAAACUGGGAGGUUUCAUGAAGAGCUCAUGAAGAAAGGAGCAGCUGAGAAAUGUGAGCAAAUCUGGAUUGAGCAGCUGUUUAGGAAAAGUUCUUUAAGUGUAAAUGCAGCCAAUAUCAUAGUGGUCAGUGGGAUGGCCGGUAUAGGAAAGACCACCAUGGUUCAGAAGAUCAUGUAUGACUGGGCCAGAGGCACUCAGUACCAGAGGUUUGCUUUUGUGUUCCUGUUUAAAUUCAGAGAGCUUAACCUCCUAGACAAUGAGAAUGAGACACAAAUGUCACUGACCAAACUGAUUGAAAGGCACUAUAAAUAUCUCAGUAAUGAUCCACUGAAAGAUGUUCUGAAGAAUCCUGAAACUCUCCUGUUUAUAUUCGAUGGGCUGGAUGAGUACAAACACAAACUGGACUUCACCCAGAGUCAGCUCUGCUCAAACCCAGACGUUGAGGUGCCUGUCCACAUCCUGGUCACCAGCCUGGUCAGUCGGACAUUACUGAAGGGCUGUUCAGUUCUGAUAACAAGCAGACCAACAGCCCUGGAAGCCAUGGAUAUGGAAAGAGUCGAUCGGUUUGUAGAGAUCCUGGGAUUCAUCCCUGAGCAAAGAUUGAUGUAUUGUAAGAAGUUUUUUGGUGAUACUGCUCUGGCUGCUCAGGCUUUUCAGUAUGUCAAGGAGAACACUAUCCUGUACACCAUGUGCUUCAGUCCAUCAUACUGCUGGAUGAUCUGCUCUGUGUUGAAGAGACACUUCAUGACACCUGAAAAAAACAAAAGUGAAGCUCUGCAAGUAGGUCAGUGGCUCUGUGAGACUCAGAAUAAGGAGUUAAUUAGAGAGACCAUUGGAGAGGAUUUAAAGAUGGACUUUAGAAGCACGACUUUAUCUGCUGUGGACUGUGCUGUGCUGGCCAAUGUUAUCAGCUGCUGUGGAGAACUUAAAGAACUUGAAUUGUCAGGCACACCUCUGACCACCGAGUGCAUCAAGAUACUGGAACCGGGGCUCAGCUGCUGCAGUGUAGUUCGCCUGGUGUCAUGUGGUCUCACCGCCAGAUGUUGCUCAGCUCUCUCUUCGGCUCUCUCUGCUCCAAACUCACAUCUGACUGAACUGAUGCUGGACUACAACAAUAUGGAGGACUCAGGAGUGGAGCAACUGUGUGAGGGGCUCAGGAGUCCAAACUGUAAACUGGAGAAACUGCAGUUGGACUCUUGUGGUCUCACCUCGGCUUGCUGCUCAGCUCUCUCCUCGGUCCUCUCAUCUCCAAACUCACGGCUGACUGAACUGUGGCUGAACAACAACAACCUGGGAGAUUCAGGGGCUUGUCAGCUGAGUAAGGGGCUCAGGAGUGACAACUGUAAAUUAACAGACCUGUGGUUGUCUGAUUGUGGUCUCACCUCAGCCUGCUGCUCAGCCCUCUCCUCAGUCCUCUCAUCUCCAAACUCACAGCUGACAUAUCUGGACCUGAACAGCAACAACCUGGGAGAUUCAGGGGCUCGUCAGCUGAGUGAGGGGCUCAGGAGUGACAACUGUAAAUUAAAGACACUGAGGCUCAGAUUAUGUGGUCUCACCUCGGCCUGCUGCUCAGCUCUCUCCUCGGUCCUCUCGUCUCCAAACUCAUGGCUGACAUAUCUGAGCCUGACCGACAACAAGCUGGGAGAUUCAGGGGCUCAUCAGCUGUAUGAGGGGCUCAGAAGUGACAACUGUAAAUUAGAGACACUGUGGCUUCAGAACAACAGGAUCAGACGAAGUGAAGAGAGGAACCUGAGGUCACUACAGGAGGAGCUGAGUAGGUCUGGACGUCAGCUGACUAUCAUCACAGGAAAAGACUAGCUCUAGUAAUCAGGCAGACCCCUGUCAGUGAUGGAGCCCCCCGUCCACUCUCCCCUAAAUUCUCCUCUUUCUUCUUUUUCUUCUCCUCUCAGCUCUGCUCCUCAUUUAAUAAACUCUCCAUGUCCCCUCA